AGUUAACUCCCUUGCGAAUGCCCUUGCUCCAUUUUGUUUAGAGCGAACAUGUCUCUUAGCCGGCACUUUUUACGAGCCCCUAGGCUGUUGAGCCAAUGCCAAAGGCUCGCGGUCGCCAGCCAGCAAAGAUGCAAUGCUUCAGAAGGGGUCAAAACUGAAAUGGCAUUUACAUUUGCAUCGCCAUCAGAUGUUUAUUAUCAGUCCUCCGAGGUACGGCAAGUGGAUGUUCCAAGCUUGUCAGGGUCAUUUGGCGUUCUUGUAAACCAUGUGCCAACCAUUGCUGCCCUCAUGCCUGGUGUCGUGACUGUGACAGAACUGGAUGGCUCAGCAAAAAAAUUCUUCGUGAGUAGUGGAGCAAUCACAGUGAACAGUGACUCCACAGUACAGCUGCUGGCAGAGGAGGCCCACCCACUGGAUAGGUUUGACGUCCAGACUGUUUCAAGCAAUCUGAACAAGGCCAACAGUGAAGUGUUGGCUGCUCGGUCUGAGGAGGAGAAGGCUGAGGCCCAGAUCAUGGUUGACUGUCUUACCACCCUCCAGAACGCUCUCAGAUAAACACCAUGAUAUUCUAGGGACUUGAUUUACUAUCAUUCAGUGAAGAAGAACUUGUGUGAUUUAUUUGUUUUGUGAUGGAUUUGUAGUUUGUUGAUCUUGUUUCAUUUUCCAAGACUCUUGAAUAGAUUAUAACAAGUAAAUGUUGUCAUUAUCGAAAUGUCAUCUUCUCGAAAAACAAAAAGGCAAAUAGUUUUUAAUGUUUGAGAUCAGUAACUUUCUCAUAUCAAUAUAUUAAAAUUGUGUGAUUUGACCAAUGUUUGGUAUUUUCAUGUGGUGUAGACAUGUUCAUGUAUGUAUUGGCUAUUUAAGAAAAUUAAAAUUCAAACAGUU